AUGGCACAAGUAACCGCAGCACCUCCCGGCUGGGAUAACGAGCUCAAAGACGUUACCACACAGCUCAGCACUAAGCUGUUCGACCAGGAGAAAGCCGUCGACUUCACUGCCGGUUUCGAUAAAGACCGGGUCGAGAAGCUUAUACUCGAGGUACUGAACGCCCAAGUACCAGCAUUGGUGGAAGUGCGAGAGGAGGCCCUCAAGAAAUCCUUAGCAGACGCUGAAGAUCGGGCGAAAGACGAAGUGGCUGAAACGAAGAAAAUAGGGAAGGAGGAACUUCAUGAUGCCGAGAAAAAAUACAACAGGACGAUAGAUGCGGUAAAGAAAGAGAUGAAUGAGCAGAUAAUGGAAAUAGAGCAGAAUAUAAAAAAAUACGAGGAAAAAAGCGAAGAGCUAGAAAAAGAGAAGGGGGAAAUAAAAUCCAAGUACAAACUCACUCUUAAUUCAAGAGAAAAGGACUACAAGUUAUUAGAGAAAAAUUAUAAAAAAUUAGUCACCGAACGGGAUGAUGCCGUCGAAGAUCGCCGGAUAGCAAGGCAGGAAAGCAGAGGGUACAAGAGGGAGUUGGAGCUCGAGACGAAAUACGGACAAGAUGCCAAGGCCAGAGCCGAUCGAAAAGCUGACGAGUUGACGAAAGCGAUCACAAGCGUACGAAUCCUUAACAACAAGAAUAUCGAGCUAGAGAGGAGGAUUUCCGAAGGCCUGGCGAGAGAAAAUCAACUUCAACGCACGCUCGACCAGAGAGAAAGAGAUAUUGUGAAACUUGAGAAGAAACUGGCUGAGUUUGCCAGAUUGAGGAGCGGAAGUGUAAUGAGUUCGAAGAGCGGGAAGAGCAGCUCAGGCUCGUCUGUAAGGGCUACAGGGAACUUGGGUGAGGAACUUGGGCAGUCAGAAGACAGAGAGUUGAUCCUGGAUCUCCGAGAAGAUAUCGCGAACCUUGAAGGGGAAAAAGACGCUCUGAACUUAGAAGUCGGACAGGUUAGGCAAGAACGCGAUAACCUAGACAAACAGCUCAAGAAGGCCAAUGACAGGUUCAACGAGAUCAGCAAGGAAGUCACUCGCCUCCUGCCUUUCGAGAGCAGAGUUAACGACCUCGAGGAAGAACUCAACAAAGCAAAUGAAGGAAUUAAGCAGCUUCAGCAUCGAGUCCCCAGUAGCGUGUCCAGCGGCACGACCUACACCACAGCCCCCGAAUUCGACGCCGCGAUCGAGAAGUUCGAAAAGGAGAAGGCCGACCUGGCAGACAGGAUCGCGCAACUCGAGGGCGAGCUCGAACAAGCGGCCAAAGACCUCAAGGCGAACCCGACAGGAGACGAGCUCAACGAGCUCCGCCGGCUGCUCACCAAGGCGGAACAAGACCUCAACGCCGAGCGGGAAGCCAGCACCAACCUACGAACCACCAUCGACAAGCUGGAGGUCCGGCUGCGGGACCAGCAAACCGAGUGCGAGGGGGACGCGCGCACGGCGGCGGAAGAGCACCAGGCGCGGAUCGACGCGCUGCAGGCGGAAUUCGACACGCGGCAGAAGAAGACGAACCGGUCGCGCGACGAGCUGGCCUCGUACUGGGAGGAGCUGGGCGCGCGGCUCAGCGCGCGCAGCCAGGAGCUGCAGGGCCUAUUCCAGAAGGACCUGGCGCUGAACCACACGACGCGCGACCAGUACUCGGAGCGGCUCAACCAGAUGAACGAGGAGAUCCGGCGCAACCCGCACACGCCGGAGACGGCGGUGACCCGGCGCCGCGCCGCGGGCCUCGAGCGCGAGAUCGAGCGCAUGAACGGCAUCAUCCGCACCCUGGCGCGGGAGGUGGCCUGGUUCCAGGACACGCUGCCGGAGCUCAGCGAGGGGUCGCGCCGGGCCCGCGCAGCCCAGGACGCAGCGCGCUCGGCGACGGAGGCCGCAGCCGCCGCCUCCGCGGCCGCGCGAGCGCAAGCCGAAGCCGAGAUAGCGGCUCACAACCGGGCUACGGUGGAGGCGCGGCGGGGGAUAUGGCGGGACCGAUGGAACGGGCUCAGGGGGCUGUUCUGGCGCGACCGGUGGAACAUCGUAGCGCUGAGCAACCUGGUGGUGAUGGCAGCGAUGCUACUCACGUGGGUGACGCUAGGUCGCGAGUUGGGAUUAUGGCGGGCGGCGAACGCGCCGGUGCAGAGGGGAUUCUACGUCAACACGCUGGACCGGCCGAGCAUCUGCCUGAGGCAGCCGUCGUGGGAGCUGCUUUGGGAGUUCAUCAUCGUGCUCUUGUCAGGCACAUGGUUGUGGAAAGGUGGUAUCUAA